ACCGACCGUGUAAGCAAAGCAUUCUCGUGUUGUCAUGUCAUCGUCUUCUCCAAACCUUAAUGGCUCCCUCCACAAACUGUGCUCAUCCAUGGAGGGAUCGCUCUUCGUGGCGCUCCCCGCCAAGCAUAGAUCACGUUGUGGACUCGCGAUGCGUGUGUACCCUGCAUACCCAUGCGAGUGAGGGGCGUCGCCAUGAGGGGGUGUAGGCUUUUCCUGCAACCCACUUCCAUCUAGGAUAAGAUUAUCGCACGAAAGAGAGACAUCCCUCUCUCCGGUAUUUGAUCCCUGGAUUAACCCAGAUCCAGAAGUCACCACCUCAACAUGUUCCAAUUUAUCCGAACCAUACUGCAAUUCUAUCCGAUAUCUCUGCCGGGGGAAGGGAUGAGGCCAAGAAUCAGGGUUGUAACUAUUCCGCUUCAUUCUGAUCAUUCGUUCGAGCUGUCUGGCCGCUGUAUCUCUUCCCUCAUCUUCCUUCCGAAUUCGUCCAUCCUUGGUUUCCGGACGUCUCGGACAUCUCUCGUAAAGAGCGAUUUGUGGUUCCUGCUUUCCAGAGCACGCAAGGAUGACUCUCAUGCACACCGCUCUGCUGGGACAAAAUCAGUGCCUCCGACAUGUACUUUCACAUCAACGCUCGUAUCUGGACACGGAAAGACAUGCGUCUGUGCAGGGACGCAUGAUAAGUGCAUUUCAUCACUGUCAUCGAGUCUAUGUGGUCUGUCGUGGAUGACCUAG